UGUCUAUCAAUUGACGAACUAAUCGAUUCUCAGCUGAAUAUAUUGACCACAAUUUUUGAGAGCAAUGAUUUUGAAUCAGUGAUCACACAAACGGAUCCAUACAUUAACACCACAGGUCUUACUCUAGACGAGAGUGAUUUAAAGACUGCUAAUGAAAGCGUUUGUCAAACAAUAGACUUAUGUAAACGUUUGAAACGAAGGAAAUUAUUCCCAAACCUGAGCGCAAAGUUUGGUAAAACUUCGUGCGAUAAAUAUACUGAUGAAGAACUUCACGCAGAACUCACUUAUGCUAUGGUUAUUGGCUGUUGUGCUGCACUCGAACUCAUUCAGUGCCAUAACCUCAAGAAUUUAGCCAAAAUUAUUGUGUCGAACUAUAUAUGAGAAGAGGACAAAAUGGUUGAGCAAUAAGUCUCGGACUUAUUUUCAAUGCGGGAUAAGUCUUGAGCGAGGAUUUAGACAUUUAAUCGUCAGUUAUAUUCCGCCAAAAGUAUUAAAAAUAAUCAACUUUUUGGGCUAUCGAGGAGUCCGAGACAUAGCC